AUGAGCGAUAAUAAUCAUCUCGCGCCUCCCUCAUCCUCGGCCUCGUCGCCUGCAGCAGGAGCAGAGAGGCCGCGUUCCCAACAAAGUCAGAGGAGCCAUCGCACUGUGGCCUCACACUCAACCACCGAAAACACCAACAACAAUACCCCCCAACGCCCAGACUAUACCAGCGCCCGAAAUGAGGUGAUUCAGAGCUCAGGCGGAGGUAGAAGCAGGAGUGGGAGUGGGAGUGGAACUGAGAUUCGGAGGAAUCGCAGCAUAUCGGAACCCCAACGACCUCAUUUGUCAGUCCUCACAGAAGCAACACCACCAGUUAGCACGGGGAAUACGCGUAUGGCUGGCGUGCAGGAAGAGACAUUCUCGCCUAGUACGGGGCGUAUAGUGGAUGAGCCUCCACCUGCGCCUGAGUCUGAACCCGCCGAAAGACCGACGCGAUUGAGACGCGCGAGGACAAAUAUCGGGAAUAGAUUCAGGAGUGAUAGUUAUACUGGUGAUGAAUACGAUGAGAGGCUGGUGGAUUUAUUGGAUACUGUUGAUCCCGAAGUUGGAACACUGACGACUCUAACGAAUGUACAAAACUCUCUUUUCAUACCAGAUAUCCCCUACUUGGGCAAUCUGAUUAAUAGGCGACCUACAUAUACACUUACACAACGACCGGCAGAUCUUGAAGAGGGGGACUCCAUUAGUGAUGCGGAUGGGGAUUUGAACAAGGAAGAGCCACGACGACCGCAGACUCAAAGGACAUAUACGGGGGCGACGCUCAAUACCAUUUCAUCGUCCGUGAACGAUAAUUAUUAUGCUGUUCUACCCCACGGGGUGUCUUUGCCGGGCUGGACGGAGGAAGAGAAACUGGAGUUGAAUGAUCAUGUUAGGCAUAUGCUGCAUUCGAGGAGGUCCAAGUUUAAGAGAGGGAUGAAGGGAUUUGGGCAAUAUUUAAAGAAACCUCUUGGCUUCCUAGUUACUCUCUACGCAACACUUAUCACCCUCUUUGGCCUUGCCUGGGUUCUAUUCUUGAUUGGCUGGAUCAAUGUCGGCGGCCGCAAAGACUAUAUUAUUAACGUAAUCGACAACGUCCUUGUCGCGCUCUUCGCCAUCAUGGGAGAUGGCUUGGCCCCGUUUCGUAUAGUUGACACCUACCACAUGUGCUUCAUCGCUCACUACCACCACCUAACCUGGCGUCUCCGCCGCGAACGAGCGCUCCCUAAACUAAAAAAUGAGAACGACCUCCCUGCCGAACAACCCGAAGAAAUCACAGAAGAGAAAGCCGAGUUUAGCGUCCUGUCGCCGGAACAAGUUCGCAAACUCGCACACCACCAGAGAAAGUUUUCGAAUUCCCAUUCAUUUUACAAACCCCAUGAAACGGCAACGCACAACGCCUUUUCACUCCGUCUCCUCGUCGCCAUCGUCGUCCUACUAGACUGCCACUCCAUGCUUCAAAUCUCCCUCGGCGCCUGCACAUGGGGCAUCAGCUACCACCACCGCCCCUUCGCCCUCACAACCGUCAUCCUAUGCUGUUCCAUCACCGUCAACAUCACAGCGGGCGUGCUCAUCGGAGUCGGCGACAAAAAGAGCAGGAAGAAGGAUGUAGUGGAGCGAAUGUUCAGACAGGAUUUAACGGCCGAUGCCAUCAAGAAAGUCGAGAAGAAGCGCUUGAGAGAGGUGCAGGCGAACGGCGUGCUGGAGCCGCUGCAUCACAGUGGGAACCUGGUUGUCGAGAGUAAGGAUGAUGGGAAGCCGAUCAAUCAGCACCCUGUUGCGCAAGCUGCGGUGGGGGCCGAGGGGCCGUGA